AUGAAACUGCUUAGGAGGAGAAAAAGAAAAGCUGAACCAGAAAUUGAACCUUCUGAACCCAACAAAAGAAGAAAACCUUUUGUUUUCAAUUACAUGCUAAAUGACAAUGACAUGAAAGAAGCCGAAGCUGGCGAUUCUGAUUUGGACGCAGAAUUCCUAUAUACAAUGAUGGACCUGACAAAGCAUAAUAUCGGUGGUCUAACAGCUGUAUGCCGUCAUUGCCAAGCAAUUAUGUGGGAUGAAGAAAGAUGCAACAAAAGAGAUAAGAAAAGUUUACCUGAAUUCAACAUGUGUUGCAUGAAAGGAACUGUAAAAUUACCUCUCCUCAAAGAUACACCUGUGUUUCUUAAAAACCUAUUGCAAUAUACAAAUGGUGGAUCAAGACCAUCAAAAUUCCGAAAAAAUAUUAGAGCGUAUAAUUCCAUGUUUGCAUCUACCUCGAUUGGUGCCAAAAUAAAGAAUCAUCAGAACGAUGGUUCUGCUCCAUGGCUGUAUGUCUACGAUACUGAGAACGAAGUACAAAAUAGGAAGAAUGCUAUUUCCAAAAGAAAAGAAGAUAAGGAGAAAAAAGAUACCGAAGGCGAUCCUGAAAUGGAAAAAGUAGACAACUACGAGGUAGAAACCACAAACUCAUUGGACGACUCUAUUAUAAAAGGAUUGAUAAAAAUGUUUGACAACAACAACAUUCUUUGCAAAACAUUCAGAAUAUGGAGAGACAGGUAUAAAGAAGACCAACUAAGUAAGGUGGAGCUGCGUCUUAUUAGCAUUGGUAAAAGGAAUGCACAACAAUACAAUUUUCCAACUACUUCUGAAAUCGCUGGGCUUAUCGUUGAUAAGCCCGAGGGUGAUGGAACUAGAGAUAUAAUUGUAGAUGAGAAGAAAAGUGGCUUGAAAAAUAUAUCUGAGUUGCACCCCAGUUACAUGGAUUUACAAUAUCCACUUUUGUUUCUUUAUGGUGAGGAUAGUUUUCAUACUGAGAUUCCAUAUGACAAAGACAAUACCAGUGUAAGAGACGAUGAAUUGGGUUUUGAGAAAAAAAGAAAAAAUAUAACUAUGAGAGAAUUGAAGUGGGUUAGAGGCCAUCAAGAAGAAAUACGCGCUGACGUAUUUCAAGGUAUAAAAGAAGCAGUUGCAGCAGGAGACACUGAACCAGGUACUGCAGGUAGAAUAAUUUUACCAUCUACCUUUACUGGUGGACCGAGACAAUUAGGACCACCAGACUUAUUUAUUAAAUUCACAUGUAAUCCAAAAUGGUUUGAAAUCACAGAAGCUCUAAAGAAAAUUCCUGGACAACAACCAAUUGAUAGACCAGAUAUAGUUAGUCGCGUAUUUCAUAUAAAACUGAAAGCACUAAUGUCUGACCUUGAAGGAAGCAGACACUUUGGAGAAGUACAAGGAGCAAUAUACACUGUCGAAUUUCAAAAAAGAGGAUUGCCGCAUGCACAUAUAUUACUGUGGCUUAAACCCGAAGAUAAGCCAAAGACUGCAACACAUGUUGAUUCAAUAAUUCAAGAUGAAUUCCCAGACCCAGAGAAAGAUAGAGUUGGAUAUGAUGCAGUCUGUCAAUAUAUGUUACAUGGUCCAUGUGGGGCUGUCAAACCUAAUUCUCCUUGCAUGCAUCACAAAAAAUGUUCAAAGAAAUAUCCUAAAAAGUUCUGCGACAAGAAAAGUGUUGAUGAAAAGGGGUAUCCAGUAUAUAGGCGUCAACAAAUGAAUUGUGGAUUUGAAAAGGAAGGAAGUGACCGAGUAACCGCCAUUCUGGAAACACCUGCAACAAAGAAAAAAACUUCAAACGAUAGUGAUAUCAGUGAUCCAAAAGAAAGUACAUCAAACGUCAGUGAUACUGUUGCACCAAAUAAUAAUCCAAAACCGAAAUUUGAUGAGAUUAAGAAAUAUCUUGACUGUCGUUAUCUAUCUGCCUCAGAAGCGUUCUGGAGAACAUUGAACUUUGAAAUUCAUUAUCGUCGUCCAAGCGUAGAAAGAUUACCAUUUCAUCUUGAAGGAGAGCAGUUGAUUUAUCAUAAAGAUACUGAAGACUUGAGAGAUGUUUUGGAAAGAACCGAUCCAGAUGCAACAAAAUUCCUUCGUUGGAUGAAAGCUAAUAGAGAACACGUAAAAGCAAGGAACCUAACAUAUGCAUACUUUCCUUCGAAAUGGACAUGGGAUACAGAGUCUAAAGAAUGGAAACCAAGAAAGAGGGGCUUCAACAAAAUAGGACGCAUCUACUAUGUCCACCCCACUGCAGGAGAGAAAUAUUAUUUGCGUAUUUUAUUGAAUGUGCAAAGAGGUUGUCAUAGCUACGACGAUAUUAAAACAGUAGACUGUGUAACUCAUCUGACAUUCAAAGCAGCAUGCUUAGCCCUAGGUUUGUUAGAAGAUGAUGGGGAAUGGGACCAUGCUAUAAAGGAAGCAGCAACGAUAUAUAUUAAUGGAAAAAUAUUGCGAGAACUUUUCGUUACACUUUUGUUGAAUUGCAAAGUCACUGAACCUAAAAAACUAUGGAGUGAAAACUGGAAACUUUUGGCAGAUGGCAUUGAACACGAACACCAAAAACUUUAUGGGAAUGAGAAUUUAACUUACGAUGAUGAUGAUUUGAAGAACUAUCCUCUUCAAGAAAUCGAGUUAAUAAUGUGGAAACGUGGUAGGACUUUGAAAGAAGAUGAAUUUUCAGAGAUUCCGUACCCAGACAUGUCAGGAAUUGAUGUUCCUAGGAACCACUUACUUGCAGAAGAAACAAGCUAUAACAGGAUUAAUCUACUUGCCGAGGCAGAGAGUUUAAAAAAAGAGUUAAACAUAAAACAGAAAAUAGUGUUUCACAGUGUCAUAGAUUCAGUUGAGAAGAAAGAUGGUGGUUUUUUUUUGUGUGUGGAAGUGGUGGAACAGGGUAAAAAUUUUUUGGCGGUUGCUUCUUCGGGUAUAGCGUCCUUACUAUUACCAGGCGUCCGUACAGCUCAUUCGAUAUUCAAAAUCCCAUUGAGGCUUAAUGAACAAUCAUGCUGCAAUAUUUUUAAGAAAACAAAUGAAGCCGAUUUAUUAUGCAGGGCCGACUUAAUUAUCUGGGACGAAGCACCAAUGAUGCACCGAAAUGGACUUGAAGCUGUCCAGCGAACCCUAGCUGAUUUAAUGAUGGAAAAAAAUGGAGGAAAGGAAUUGUUUGGUAGAAAAACAUUGGUUCUUGGUGGUGAUUUCAGGAAAAUUUUAUCGGUAAUUGAGGAAGGGUCGAGAGAGGAAAUAGUUAAUGCUUCUAUAAGCAGGUCAAAACUAUGGAAACAUUUUAAAGUCUUUGAAUUAACAAAUAAUAUGCGUCUGCUGACCGGAGAUACGUCUGUUGAAAAAAGAGAAGAAGUUGAAGAAUUUUCAAAAUGGGUUCUUUAUGUGGGUAAUGGUAAGUUACCAACAAUCAGUUUGGAUGGAUCGAAAGAUACAUAUUGGGUGGAAAUACCUUCAGGUUUACUAAUACAGUGUCAAUAA